UGUGAUUCUAUGAGAGGAUGAGUCAACUUCAGAAGAUCAUUAGCAUGAUGCCCACAUUCCUCAAAAAUGCUCAAGAUCAAUACUUGCAACUGGAUGAUCCACAGGUUGUCACCCCACUGCUGUCCAACAGUAGGAACCACACCGAAUGGCCUCAGGUGCUAGCCCAAGAUGUGAAGAACCUCCUCCACUCCCUCAAGAGCGGCGUGUUUGUCAUGACAGGCCAAGUCAAAGGUCGGACACUGCUGCCCCUUUCUGUCGGUUUAGACGCUGUGGAGACGGAUAACAGGUAAGCCGAGCGGACUGUAUGAUAAUGCGGCAUAUUUUCAUUCAAAGCUGUGAAAUUUCUCAGGGGGGAAACAAUAGAUAAAAGCAUCAUCCACUCCUUGGAGUCAACAGUGAUUGAGUGGAGCCAUCAGAUCCGUGCAGUGCUGAUAAAAGAACCAGCGGAGGCUUUGCUUGAAGGCAAACCCCCCACACCGCACACAGAGCUGCUCUUCUGGAAGAACAGAUAUGCUGAUUUGGAGUGCAUUUACACCCAAUUAACAUCACACAAAGGGAGCAAAACGGAGAUGCUGCUUGACGUUGUGGAGAGCAGCUAUUCUCCCGCUUUUCAAAACAUCCGACGGGAAGUCCGGGAAGCCUUGGAGGAGGCAAAGGACAUCUGUACCUACUUGGCACCACUGCAGCGUCUGUUUGAAGACAUGGAGAAUGGAGAGUUUUCCCAUGUCAAAGGUCAGAUGGGCCCCUUGAUGCACACAGUAUGUCUUGUGUGGGCCAACUCCGGACACUACAACACUCCACCGCGACUCAUUCUUCUACUCCAAGAGAUCUGCAAUGUCCUCAUACAACAGGCUCGCGGUUAUUUGAUACCAGAAGAACUUCUCAAAGGCGAGCUUUCCGAGAGUCUUCUGAAAGUGAAAACAACCUUGGACAUUUUGGAACUCUUCAAGAGCACCUUUGAGGACCACCGAAACAAUCUGAGCCAGUACCAGAGGAAUGGGAACUUGGUGAAACCUUGGGAUUUUUCCUCGACCUUGGUCUUCUCUGGACUCGAUAGCUUUCUCGACAGACUCGUGUCCACACAAGAUAUCCUUUUGGUAGCAGUGGACUUCUCAAAGCUUGAGAAAUUAGAGAUUGGAGGUGUUAGAGGCCGAGCGCUAAGCCAACAGGUCCACCAACUCCACCAGGAGUUUAUGGAUCGUUUCAAGAGCUUAACAGAGAAGCCCUAUGACUGCUUGGACCUGGACAACAAGGAGUUUGAGAACGACGUCCUCGACUUCAAAUUGUUAGCCGAUGACACGGACCGGCGAUUAGGAGCCAUCUUCUGUCAGGCCUUUGACGACGCUUCAGGAUUGGAACAUUCCUUCAAGGUUGUGGAUAUGUUCAGAGGCUUGUUGGAGCGUCCUUUGGUAGCUCAAGAUGCUUUGGACAGAUACUCAUGCUUAGUAAGCAUGUUUGACAAGGAUCUGGACAACUGCAAAGUCCUGUACCAGGAACUGAAUAAGAAUAUGCCAGCAGUAGCUGGAGGGCUGAGAUGGGCCCAAGAGCUGCAGCAGCGCAUGCAGACACCCUUCUCCAAAUUCAAAUUCUGCUCCUACCCGUGCCUGGAGUCAGCACAAGGAGUUUGGGUCAUGGGGAAGUAUGAGGAGCUGAUGCAAGAGGUUGACAGAUACCGCAUCAGCCUGUACGAGACAUGGACGAGGACCGUUGACAGCAGUUGUCAUCACAACCUCAGCCUCCCCUUAAUCUGCAGAGACGCAUCCUCGCCACUGAUCUCGGUCAACUUUAACACCCAGCUUGCAUCCGUGUUGAGGGAAGUGAAGUACCUGGAGGCCACACAGACUGAAGUGAUUCCCGACACUGCGGUGCAGAUUUAUGCUAGCAGAUGGCACUUGUGGGAGUUUGUGGCCAGCCUGGAACUCGCUGCAGGACGAUACAACAAGAUGAUUCAGUCUGUGCUUGAUGUGGAGAAUCCACUACUCCAGAGACAGCUCAGUGAUGUCGAUACCCAGCUGAGAAAGGCUGAAGAGAGCCUCAGUUGGAACAGCCAAGGCAUUUGGCAGUAUAUUCAAGAGUUGCGGGAUUCCAUCUGUGACCUGGAGAGCCGACUCCAAAAGACCAAAGACAAUGUGGAAGAGAUCCAGAAUUGUAUCAAAUCCUGGAGAAAUCUUCAGCUUUUCAUGUCGGAUCCAUCCUCAGAAGAUUGGAAAGCCUAUGUGGACUAUAUUGACGAUAUGGUGAUUGAUGGAUUUUAUCAUUGCAUAGAGUGUUCACUCAAGUUUUUCCUGGAAAACACAGAUGAAAGAGACAAUAUAGUACCCCUGUUUGAGGCCCAGCUGGAUCUCAAAGUUCCUCACAUGGUGUUUGUACCAUCUCUGGAGUAUGGAGAAAGAGCAAAUUUCCAUGACCUGGUGGAGAGUCUCAUCAAUGACGUGUUCCGAGUGUCUUCAUUGGUGCCACGCCUCUCCCAGCGCAGUUCUUUUCCUCACUACCAGGCUGACAUGGAAGACAUGCCGGACUUGGCAGAUAUGCGUCUUCUCCUCAUGGAUCGUGUGCAGAGCGUCAUGACGACUUGCUGCAUUUUCCGGAAUUCGUUGGAACGCUACAGUUACCUUUACGUAGAUGACAGGAAGGAGUUUCUGCACCAGUUUCUCCGCUAUGGUCAUGUUCUGACCGACCAGGAAAUGGAAGAUCAAGUUGAAGAUUCUAUCCCAGAGAAGCCACCGACGUUGGAUAACUUUAAAGAUCAAGUGGAUAGGUAUGAGAAGAUCUAUGAUGAGGUGCAAGAUCUGGAGCCAGUCCACCUAUUCCAUGGCUGGAUGCGUGUCAACAGCCGCGGCUUGAAGAUUGCCCUGCUCAACACCAUCAAGAAAUGGAGCUUCAUGUUCAAACAACACCUUAUUGAUCAUGUCACUAACAGUCUAUCAGAACUGGAGAGUUUCAUCAUCAUGGCCGAAACUAGCCUCAGCCAGCAAGUAGAGGAAGGAGACGACAAGAGCCUGGUGGGAGUCUUGGGCCAUUUGCUUGCUGUCAAGGAGAGACAACACACGACAGAUGGCAUAUUUCAGCCAUUGCAGCAAACCAUUGCUUUGCUCAAAGAUUAUGAGCAGGAUCUCCCUGACGCUGUGCACAAGCAGUUACAAGAGUUGCCCGAAAAGUGGAGCAAUGUGAAAAAGAAGGCGGUGCAAGUCAAACAGCAAGUAGCGCCUCUGCAAGCCGUCGAGGUUGCCACUUUGCGAAGAAAGUGCGCUUCGUUUGAAGUGGAGCAACGCACGUUCCGGGAACAUUUUCGCAACAAUGGGCCCUUCAGAUUCGACAGCGAGAAUCCGCACCAGAUGUUGGACAUAUUUCACAGGCAGAUCCAGGAGCAGGAGGCAGAGAUGGCCUCCCUGGUGGAAUCCGCCAGCUUGUUUGAGGUGACUGUCUCGGAAUACAAACAGCUACGCCGAUGCAGGCGUGAGGUGGGCUUGCUCAAGGAGCUGUGGGACAUGAUCACUCUGGUGGAAUCCAGCAUGGGCGAAUGGAGAAUGACUCCCUGGAGGAAGAUUGAUGUGGAGGACAUGGAGUUGGAGUGCAAACGCUUCUCAAAAGAUAUUCGAGGGCUGGAUAAGGAGAUGAGAGCGUGGGAGGCCUUCACAGGUUUGGACAGCAUGGUAAAGAACCUUCUCAUUUCCCUGAGGGCGGUUGCAGAGCUGCAGAAUCCAGCCGAAACCACUCUGGCUGAUCUGCUGCAACUGAACCUGCAUGCUUUUGAAGAAGAAGUGAGAGGGAUUGUAGACAAGGCUGUGAAAGAGCUGGGAAUGGAGAAAGUUCUUUCGGAGCUCAACUCCACAUGGACAGGUAUGCGGUUCCAAUAUGAGCCGCACCAUCGUACCGGAAUCCCUUUACUGCGUUCGGACGAGGAACUUAUCGAGACGUUGGAAGACAACCAGGUCCAACUGCAGAACCUGAUUUCUUCCAAGUACAUUGCCCACUUCUUGGAUGAAGUAUCAUCUUGGCAGAGUAAGCUCUCUGUGGCCGACUCUGUCAUCUCCAUCUGGUUUGAGGUGCAACGGACGUGGACUCACCUGGAGAGCAUCUUCAUCGGCUCAGAGGACAUUCGGUCACAGCUGCCUGAGGACUCUAAGCGCUUCGAAGCGAUUGAUGCCCAUUUCAAAGAGUUGGCGAACUGGCUGCAUCAAACGCCCAACGUUGUAGAGGCCACCAAUCGACCUGCUCUGUUUGACAAAUUGGAGAACAUCCAGUGCAGGCUGUCCCUUUGCGAAAAGGCUCUGGCGGAUUAUCUGGACAUCAAGCGACUGGCGUUCCCUCGCUUUUACUUCGUCUCUUCAGCUGAUCUCUUAGACAUUCUUUCGAAUGGAACCAACCCACACCAGGUCCAGAGGCAUCUGUCGAAGCUAUUUGACAACAUGGCAAAAAUGGAAUUUGAAGUAGAUGAAAAGGGAAAUCCUUCUAAGACGGGCCUGGGCAUGUAUAGCAAAGAAGGGGAGUAUGUCCCUUUUAAUCAGUCUUGUGACUGCGCUGGACAGGUAAACAUCUACUUCUCAUGUAAAUGUCUUCUAGGCUGA